AUGGCCUUUCCCCCCGACGCGUGUCGUCUGAUAGUCGAGAAUGUCUCCAGCUCUAGAUCAACGCUGCUCUCCCUCUGCACGGUCUCCAAGCAGUUCCAGAUGGCUGCUGAGAAGGUCAUCUACAACACACUGUCCCUGUCCGGUUACGAAAUCACCUCCACGGUCUGCACCAUCCUCGCUCAUGCUCCUCGGUUGGCCAUGCUCGUUGUUGCGCUUUCUAUCAGCGGACAGGACUCGUCAAGCGACGACGAGGCCGCCGAGGACGAGGAUCCUGCAGAGCUUCCUGACGAUUUCUGGGAAUCCCUACAUUCAGCCCUUCGACACACCACGCGCCUCCGAUUUCUUAACCUCCACUUCCAGGGUGGUACGCAGACCGACAAAUCGUGGAUCCUCCAAAACGUUACAUUCCAACUCAAGAAAUUUCAUUGCGACCUCACAUGGGACGACCAACUCGCCCACUUCCUGUCUACCCAGAAACGCCUCUGCGAUCUUUUCCUCGCCGAUUUCGUCGAUCCCCCCUCCACGACGCCUCAACAAGCCUCUGGCGCCACGACCUCCGACCCGCCACGCCCAAGUCUCCCGUCUCCCUCCCACGCCUCCUUCCUCCCCAAGCUCUCCAUCCUCGAAUGCACCUUCUCCGAGGCCGCGCUCGCCCUCGUCCCCGAGCGCCCGCUCACCCGCCUCAAGACCUGCUUCACGCACUCCAAACCGGACGAGAAGCGCGUGGAGCUCCGCGCGCUCCUCGCCGCCCUCCGCCGCUCCCGCCGCCGCCCGCGCGCGCUCGACAUCGCCGACUCGGCCUACACCCCCGCGUUCGCGCUCGAGCUCCUCGCCGCGCUCACCGCGGGCCCCACCCUCUGCGCCGACCUCCGCUACUGCGGCGCACUCGUCCUCCCCGUCGACGGGCGCCAGCGUCUAGAGUUCUACGGGCUGCUCAUGCGCCUGCCCCAGCUCCGGUGCGUCGAGGUCGACGUGUCCGAGUGGGAGCCGGCGCCGGUGCACGCCGCGGCGCUGCGUGCGCUCGCGUGCGAGCUGCGGCUGUACUGCCCGUCGGUGACGGGGGUGGUGUUCGUGUACGAGUUCGAGCGGCACCUCGUGCGCGUGGCGGAGAACGGGAUGGUGGUGUACGACGAGGAUGCGGCCACGGACGCGCUUUGGCGGGAUUCGUGA